GGUUGGCCGGAUGCGCGCGCUGGUUUGAAUAUUCCGUUUUGUUUUCUCAGUGAGAUAGAGAUGGCAGUUAGAUUGAGUGGGAAGGUGAAGACUCGAUCUAGAAUGGUCAGUGACAACGUGGAGCUCUUGCAGCAAGCGGUUGAGUAUUUUACUACUGUAAAGGAACGAACUCCAUCAAAUGGAAAUCUUCAUCUAGACACAAUUGAAAGCAUUGCUUUUGACAAAGGCUUGUCCCCUGAUGUAAUUGAGUCGCUUGUGGAUGUGGCUAUGAGUGCCAGACUUGUUGACAGAUUUAAUAUACGCCUUUUAAAGUGCCUUAUUCCUGCUUCUGUAGUCCCUGAAUGCGCAGUGACAAAUGCUAUCUCUUGGAUGUGUACAAGAAAACCUACCAUCACUGUCCAGGUGCUGUUUAUCAGAUGGUUGAUAACGGUCUUUGAUCUUUUGGAUUCAAAGAAGCAAUUGCACUCAUUGUAUGGCAUCAUUUUCUUCUAUCUUCAAAAUGACAAGUUGUGUCCCUAUAUAUGUCACCUAUUGUACCUGCUAACUAAAAAGGAAAAUGUUAAACGAUUCAGAGUCAAGAAGCUGAUUGAUCUGCAGGCCAAAAUGGGAAUGCAACCACACCUGAUGGCUCUUCUCUUGCUAUAUAAGAUCCAUGCGCCUGAAUAUGUGUGUUUGGCUUGUGCUGGACAACCCAAGAACUUGCAAGUGUCUGGGUCAUUCUGGAAGAAAGCCAUUGAAAGAGUUCAGAACAAUGGUUACAGGCAGUUGUCUCGACCACCAGAGCUAGUGAAUUUAACAGAGCCUCCAAUGCGGAAGAGGAAAAAGAAGAUGCAUCGUGAAUUGAUUCCAGUUGUCAGCAGUGCUCCACAUUUAACAGAACAGUCUUGUUCCCUGAUGCAGAGUAAAAGUUUCCCCUUGGAACAGUUAGCCACAUUCUUCCAACUAUUGGAUAACUUUGACCGAAUAGAGAUUGCUAUUUGUCAAAGCAGAUUUGUUUCCUCUUUAAUAGAGUUCGCAGAUUGUAGUGGUGACUCAUUGCAGAGAGAAAAAGAAUUCAUUGAAUUUCUAAAUAUCAUCAUUAGAACUCAAGAAUUUCUACAGGAAGGAUUUUCAUGCUGUGAGGAUUUUGUGUUCAAGAGCUUAUCUCUUUAUGAUAGUUUGUGGUGUAGCUCUCAGAUCCUUGCCUUACUCACAAGGAUUUCCCCAAGCACAGAUAUGAUUUCUUUUUAUUUUGAUCCAUUAAUGAAGCUGUUCUUCACUUCCUCAAUUUAUUUUAAGUGCAGUGUAAUUGAGAGUCUGACCAGCCUGCUGAUGAAAUGGCUAACCUGGCAUUCUGUUUGUGUAGCUGAUUUGGACAGAGAUAUUCCCAAUGUUUUACAAAGUCCACAGAAUGUUACCCUUUCUGGAUUGGUGAAUUCUGUUUCUGAACUUGUGGAAUUUACCGCAAGAAUUUCAAUCGUAGCACUUCAGAUGGAGGCUUACAACAGUCUGCUGUUGCAUUUCAUACUCAAUUUCUAUGAGACGGUAUCUGAUAUGUAUUUGAAAUACAAUCUUCCCCUGGUGAUUUUGCCACCUGCUGGUAUAAUUUAUCCAGCAUUAUUGAGUUUGGAAUCGGUGAGUCUGAAUCAGCUGUGCCACAUUAUGUACAGGUACCGGACAAAUCUGACAGCUUUGAAAUCCUUGGAUUCAAGUACAAAUGCACAAAUAGGUUUGAAGGUGAACAGGAAAACAUUUCAACAAUACAAUGCAUUUAUGAAAGCUGCAGUCAGCUGCUUGUGGACAACAAGAAACUUUGAACAAGAUAUUCAUCCGAUGGGUAUUGGAAUUGAAUAUAAUCUGCUAGCACAGACCAAGGUUCCAGACCCUGUGAGCAGUUUUACUCUUGUUAAUCAUCCAGCACUGAUGGGACAUGCCAUAAAUUUUACCCAGAAGGGAUGGCCCAAUGGAAAGAAGCGAUUACAUGCAAUACAAGGAAAGACGUGGAACUGGUAUGUUGAGUACUUAUACAACCAAGGACUUGAUGGACUUAAACAUUUCCUUGAAUCUUGCAUCCACACAGUGUCCAGUUCAGAACAUUAAAUAACAAGCUACUGCACUACUGAACUGUACUAUUGAAUAAUUUGAGAGAUUCCACAGCAUCCAUCUGCUUUUGCUAAAUGCACAAGAUACCCAGCUGCUUCCUGAAUAAUUGCCUGGACAAUAAAUGGAGGAUUGAUAUUAAACAAAGACGAACUGGUACACAUGUUGAUCCAAACACAUCAUGUCUGAUCUUGCACUGUUCAGGAACCCGCAGAACACACAAUGUGUAAGAAGUAAAAUGCAAUGUUGCAUUAAACUAUAUUAUUAAUGAUCCAGGAUAGCUAAGAAGGAUGGCACAAAACACCAGAUUAUGUGGAAUUUUUCACGCUACAGAUAUGAUUUUAUUGAAAUAUCUGUCAUGUAUAGUACAUAAGAAAUAGUGAAUACUGACAGACAGAGCAUGAAGUGAUUGAGAAUAGUAUUAGACAAUUACUGUGAGAGGGCUUUUACAUUUUGCAAAAUUGUGUUUAUAAAUAAUUUAAUUGCUGACAUCAGUAAAAUGUUAUCUUUGCAUUUAGUGUUGUCCUUUAUGGGAUUAGCACUAUAUUGUUUUCCACAAGCAAGGUGGACCAUUGCAAGAUCUUUCUGAAAUCACCUCUUACUCCACUAUAAACUUUUGGAAUGCACAACUGUACUUUGUAGAUGUCCCAGUGGAUGGACAAAGUAUCUUGCUGAGCAUUUUGCUUUUUAAAGUAUUGUUAGGUUGGUGAAUUAAUUGAUUAUUUGACUAAGUUGUUAUUACAGUGCUUACAAUUUAAUGUUG